AAUAAAUUGGUGAGAUGUUUAAAAAAAAUCACAAGAAUUUGAACGACAUGUUUGGAGUUUAAGGAUAAUCAAAUAUCAUGUGUUUCUUGAAGUAGUAUUACUUUUAUGAUUGUUUUUUGACGAUUUGCGCAAUUUGUAUUUCAUUUCAUUAGCGUGGGAGGAUUUGAGGAUAUGUUAAUUAACAUGUGUUAGGUGAACUAUUGUCAUGCAUAUGUGAAAAUUUGUGUUCUUUAAUAAAAUAUGAAGCAUGUUUGUUAUUAUUACCGAAAUGACCUGUAAACCCGACCCGAAACCGAAUAGGUUGGGUCAAUAUUUGACCCGAAAUCAGUCAACCAACACAUGAUCCAACUCGUAACCGAAGUCCCCAAUCCGACCCGAUUGCCAGGUCUAAAGAUGAUUCAAUAUAGUUAAGGAAGUCAAUUUAAAAAUAUAUAUUAAUUGACAUUAUAAAGGGUAUACGUUUAGCAUAGUUUUGGUAAAAGCUUCCAAGGUCGACGACGUCUAGUCCUCCAAUUGUCCCAACUUAAUUAAACGUUAGUUUAUACUUCAGUUUUAUUAAUUAGGUAGGGCAUGCAGUCAACAGAACACCUCCGAUCCCUCAUAUUCAGCCAAAUUAAAUCUUCUAUAUAGUAUAGACAGUUGGGUGUUAUGAAACUUAUUUAAAUGCCAAUUCGAUAAUGUUAUCACUUCAUCUUUUGGUACAAGUACAAAUUGGAUGUUACGACAUCCGAACAUGUCGUUGAAUUAAAAGUAUAUAUAUAUAUAUAAUUUCAUUAACAUAUAUUUAACAAUUCUUGUGUGCAUCUAAUAAUUAUCGUAGAUAGCGAGACAGUGAAAUUUAACCUCUGAACAGGUGCUUACUUAUCGCACAUAGAGAUUAGAGAGGUUUAAUCGUUAAGUACAAAAAUUAGCGUUUGACUACUGUUACGUUGCUUCAAAAUGGGUCUGUCACUAGCUUAUCUCCUCAAUUAGUUAAAACAUUGGAGUUAAAGAAGACUGAAUUUGUCAACAUAAAAGAAAAAAACAAAGGAGAAUAAUUAAUGGGGGAAAAAAAAAAAUCAGCAGCAGGCCAAUCUCUCUCUCUCUCUCUCUCUCUCUCUCUCUCCAGUUCUGCUCUCUAUUAAUACCCUCUCUCCCCACUUGACUUUCUUCACCAAAAAAAAAGUCUCUCCACCUCCACCUCCAACUCCAACUCCAACACAGAGAAAAAUUCAAUUCUCUCCCCACACAACUCCAUCAUCAUGUACUCAUCAUCAUCAAGCGGCCAUCAAGUGAUGACGAGGUCGACCACCGACCAAGCCCAGCAAUGGAUGUGGAUGAAGCGCCACCGCACCACCCACUUCCUCGCCGCCGCCGCCACCGCCACGUGGGAAGAGAGAGCCUUCGCGGAGGACGCCUCCAGCGUCCUCAACGGCGGAGGCUGCAUUUGGCCCCCGAGGUCCUACCCGUGCAGCUUCUGCCGCCGCGAGUUCCGCUCCGCCCAAGCCCUCGGCGGCCACAUGAACGUCCACCGCCGGGACCGCGCUCGUCUCAAGCAACAACAGUGCCACGACGAAGAAGAAGAACAAGAAGACCACGUCCACCAUCCUGUCACCGCCGCCGCCACCACCACGAACUCCUCCUCCCCUAGGGUUUCCUCGUCCUCAAUUACCACCGCCAGCAAUAAUAUUAAUAACGAGUGUGGUUGGCUGGAUCUUGGACUCAUGGUCAACGUUGUGGAAAGUAGUAGUGGCGGCGAUGAGUUGAGCGGUCAUUGUUGUAACGAUGUUGAGGCGAUUUUGGCCGGUGGGAAGAGGCGGAAGACGACGGCGGCCGUGACGACAUUGUCGCUGUCGAUUGGGGCGGCGUCGGAGGGGAUGGGGAUGUGCACAGAUUUGGAUCUUGAGCUUAGGCUUUGAGCAUGCAUGUAUUGUAUGCCUGUGGCAUGGCUUUAAUUACCUUCUACUUCAUUUCAUUACCAUGUUACUGUUUCUAUUUUCUAACAUAUAUAAUAUUAUAUAUAUUAAUUAUGAUGGAAAUUAAUCACGUACGUCCAGGACUAGCUAGUAGUUUUAAAUCUCUUCUCUUGUUUUAUUUUGUUUCCCCGUUGCUUUGUUUCUGAUUCUAGUUUCUAGCGGCUUCCUGCAGCUAGCGCAGGUUAAUCUAAUCUAAUUAAUUAAUUAACUAACUGAUGUUUCCUGGGAAGAACAUAUAUAUGUAUUAAUGUAUAGGAGAGGAAGAAAUAAUCAUUAACUUGUUUAAAACACCAAAUGGGAAAGGCUGGUAGGGGAAUGACAGAAGAGCCAAUUACUACUACUGCAAGCUAAUUAAUUAAGUGAAGGUGGGAGAAGGGCCUAAUAACUUCAACUAGCACAGGGGUUAUAAUCAUUAAUCAAUGAGCUAGCUAGGGAACCAAAUUUGUGCAUGCGAGCUUCUUCAUUUGUUUGCCCAAAAUAGCAAGGAAACCAGGAGUUUCGUCCUUCUGUCUUCCCCACUGUUAGUCUCUGCAUAGUUACCAAACAAUAAAGCCCAACCUUCCUUCCUAUUCUAUGCAUCCAUUACAAUAUACAAGGCGACGAUGGAAAAGCUCAGAGAGAGAGAGAGAGACAGGGUGGCCAGACGGGAUAUGAAUUUGACUGUUGCCCUUUAGACAGAUCGCUUUUUUUUUAUGGAAAGACAAUUGUAUCCUGUGGUCCAAUCCAUCAAAGAAUAUGUUAUGUAUAAUGUAUUAGAAAAGAAACUGACAGUAGGUCACUUCAGCUACAUGCCCAAAAAAUGACACAUCAACACCAUGCAAUGCAAGGCCAGCAGCACUAUUACUCGUUACUACCAGCUGGAUCCAAAGAAUUACCAGAAGGCUUUCUCCUACUUUUUUUUCCUCACAUUUUAUCCACUGUGUAUAUUAUGGUUAGUUACUAGCUAGUAGCUACUGCCCAAUGCACAUCAAAUCACUGCAGAUGCAGGUCUCCCACAAUGGUGCCUGCUGCUUACUCAUGUACCCUCUCAUUUCUGGCAAAUAAAACUGCUUCUUCCUAACUACAUCUAAUUGUCUCCGACAGUGCAUCUUUCAACCCUACUGCCCAAUUCCUAAGCCGUCUACCGCUGUAGCUCUGAUAGCUCUCUCCCAAAAUCAGUGGGGAAGCUCCAAAAUACACACCUACUCCACAGGGAAUCAAAAUAAAUCCGAUUAAACAAACAUAUGAUUUGAAGCAACCUGCAUGGCCGGAAUAGAUGGCUUGAUUAUACGCUUAAAUGUCCGUCCGUCUACAUCACAUCACCAACACUAGUAUAUAUAGUUUAUUUCUUCUUGCUUGCGCGUCGCUUUUGUUUAGUUCUUAGCUUAGGGGCUUAGGCGCUAUACCCCUUUUUGUACGUAUGUGUUCAUUGCUGCAACAUUGACACGCUACAAACAAUCACACACCAAUUAAAUUAAAACGAUCAACCCUUGAAAUCUAUGGCCGCCUAGCUAACUCUUAUCUCCAUGUAUCCAACCAAGAAGAAGCUCUCCUUCACGAACCCUUGUGUACAUUUAUGUGCGGACAUGAUUAUUGUAUGCGAGGAGAUCAGAUGCAUGUUUAAUGUACAGGGGACAUAAUAUGGUGUUGGAACUCUUUCAAUGGUUGAACUUAUUGGAAUGACAAAAAUUCUUCUCGAUACUCUAUAUAUAUAAUACUAGCUCCGGACUCGAAACAGGGAAAUGCCCGGGGUGGCCAAUAAUAGCGGGAGCAGAUCAAGUGCAUAAUCUUAUGGUCAAUAACUAUGCAUAACUCAAUCAGAAGUCAUCAUAUCAGCGCCCUUUCUCUCUCUUGAAAAGUCUUUAAUGUCCCCCCUUAAUAUUUAACGAAUGAUUUCUCACUCGUUGUAAGUCGGAAAUUAAUUUUUUUGCACAAU